GCAAUCCUGACAGUAUCGUAGCCAGCAGGCUAUAUGAUUUGAUUCUAUCCGUCUCUAAAACUAUCAUCCUACUGAGGGAUGUCUGCCCAAUCAUGCCAAAAGAUCGUCUUGAGCAUGCCUCAACUGCCAGCAUAUCUAGCUGUGCAUGUGUGCAGUGCAUGGGCAGGGUGCCCGAGUCGCAUACUGCAAACUGCUUCGCAGUCUCCCUGAUGACCAUUCCCAAGAGAUCGCUUGUCCUAUCAGCAUGUCUCAAUAUUUGCCAACCGGGUCUCUACCGCCUGGCAUGUCCAAGGGCAAACAGUAUGCAAGGUUAUCACCAUAUCCCCUUAGCAUUGCAUGUACCUCCUAUACCUUCGCUCAAUCUCUGACCCAAGGCCUGGUCUGGGAGAUUGAAUCAAAAGGAUCGACCUGACCUGGUGGUCAGAUAAACCGCGUUUGUUGCUGCGUGGGUACUGCAUGGGGACCAGAUUCUACUUCCGGUUUCUCGUCCUCUUCUGCCGGCCGGUAGCCGUGUGAAUCCGUCUCUCAGCUCGAUGGUG